AUGCAGAUUCACAAUGGACCAAACUUCAUGGACGAGAUAGUUUGUGGAAGCUUCUCUGACAACAUUGACAACCUGCUUGAUUCCCCAUCAAUGAUGUUGACGCCACCACCACAGCGUUGCUGCAACACGACAUACACAGUCGCACUUCCAAGCAUUAUCAUCAACGGAAAUCACCACCGCCGAGUUUCCUCCCUCUCCAACAAUAAGAAAACCGAACCACGACGAACACCAAGCCAACCACCUCCUCCCUUCCGCCAAAUCGCAGAUUCCAUUGUCGUUCGUCUGAUCCAACAUCACCCUUCCGGAUCCGUUACCGCAUUGAACCCUCGAUCCACUUCCAUCCUCAACAUCACCCCGUCAUCCUUCAACCAUCCACCCACUCCGAUCGCGCUUCCAGUCGUGUACAACGAUCCCUCCGCCCUCACGCACUUCAUUGACUAUUUCUGCUUUUUCUUUUUUCUUUCUCAUUUGUUAGAAUUUGAUAAAGAAGAAUGGGAAUGCAAGAGGUGGGGAAGAGAAAUAGUGAAGGGCCAUAAUUUGUUAUAUUAUUACAUGUUUCUAUUCAUUUGCUUUUUUAAUUUUUUUUAUAUCACUGCCAUGUUUCAUUGCCUUAUUGGCCGGUGGAGAUUCUUUCAAAAGUCAACACAUAGUUAUUAUCCUUCCUGA